AAUAAAUGCACAUGGAAGUCCCUGAAAAAGAGAAAAAAGAAAUACAUGAUAUUUGAAGGAAUAAUGACCAAAAUCUUCCCAAUUUUGAUUUCGGACAUGAACUCUUAUGUCCAAGAAUUUAGCAGUUCAACGAAAUUCAAAUAGGAUAAUCUCAGAGGUCCACAUGAAAACACAUUCUAAUUAAAGACAGAGAACCUCCAAAAUCACAGAGACACAAAUUCAUUACACACAAGUGAUCCUCAAUAUUAUGACCGAUUUCUCUUCAGGAACAAAAAAGCUAUAAGACAGCCAGGGCAACAAAUUUAAAGUGUUAAAGAAAAGGACAUAUCUUAAAAAAAUUCUAAAAUGAAACAAGAUUUUUCUUCCUUCAAAAGGGAGAGAUGAGCUGAAUACCAAUGGUUCAGGCCUCUAAAUCUGGCUCCUCAGAAGCUGAAUUGUGAGAAUUGUGGUUCAAAGCCAGACUGGACCUUGUCCUCUCAGGAGCAAGUUUUAGGACACAGCUGUCCUUGAGAAGGAUGGAGGCCUUUGUGCCAUGCCAUUGCUGGAACAAGACAUAGGAUAUGGAGGCCACCAAGAAUGGAAGCUGUUGGGCAGUGUCGCCACAGAAGCAAUUCGUAAGGGACAGAAAAGUCCUCUAGAAGGUCAGAGGACAUUGAUCACUAUCGGUUUUCGAAAUGCCGCCAUGAUAGUGACCAUAGCAACCUCAAGCCCACCAGGCAUCCUUAGCAACAGUCUUCGAGGCCUAAGAGCUAGAAUGUCAGCGGGUCUGUGCCAGGCUGAGAUUGGUCCGUGCGCUGACUGUGACUGGUCCACUUCCUCCAUGAUGUUACUAGGCCCGGCUGUGAUUGGUCCGUUGUGAGAGGUUCCCAAAGGGUAUAUAGGAAGCCGGUGGGCUCCACCCUUUGUCAGUUAGCAGUGCUGGGAGCUCUUGCGUGGUGACACACUGGACUAACUGAAAGCUAGACUGAUGAUUUUUUUUGGUGGGGGGGGGGGUUGUUUGGACUUUAGUAUUUCUUUUUGCUUAUUCUGGGUUUUCCAUUAUUUUAUUUAGUUAAUUUUAGACUUGCUACCUGCCAUCGUAGCAGAAGGAUGGCAAAUUACAACGAAUCAUCCUCACGCUCCUUGAAGGACAUCAUCGAACAGUACCAACUCAAAGAGCUAAUCGGUCAUGGUACCUACGGACAAGUGAAGUUGGCUCGUCACCGACUCACAGACGUCGAGGUGGCCGUUAAAAUACUCCGGAAGGCAGAGUCCUCCAGUCGUCAGAUAGAGAAUGAGGUGGGCAUUUUAAAGACUGUACGCCACAAGCACAUCAUCAGGUUGUACCAGGUGAUAGAUAAGGGAAAGUGUGUAUAUCUCGUCAUGGAACUGGCUACUAGGGGAAACCUCCUGGGAUGGAUCCGAAAAUCGCGCCGCCUAUAUGAAGAUGAGGGCAGGAGGAUCUUCAAACAAAUUGUAAGCGCUGUGCACUAUCUACACCAGAACAGAAUUGCACACCGAGACCUUAAGCCCAACAACAUCCUGAUGGACGAUAAAGGCAAUGCUAAGGUCAGUGACUUUGGUUUGAGCACCUGGUUCACCCCGGGGCAGUUGCACACGACUGUGUGUGGUGCUGUGCUAUUCCGAUCCCCCGAGAUGUUCCUGCAAGAAAGAUACGAUGCCUGCAAGGUGGACAUCUGGAGCUUAGGCAUCCUUUUAUACUUUAUUAUAACAGGAAGAUUUCCCUUUGAGGGGAGAGAUGCUAUCCAGGUACGGUCACUAGUCCGGAAGGCCAAGUAUAUUGUUCCAUAUCACCUGUCUGCAAAAGGACAAAAUGUAAUAAUCCAACUGUUAAAUGUGGACCCAAACCAGAGGCCCAAUACUGAACAAAUAAUGGAGCACCCAUGGCUCAAACAGGUCGAGGAAUGUUCCCUGUGCCCUGAUGAGCCACUGCCAAACAAGCUGGACCCCCUCAUUCUUAAAAUAAUGUGUGUCAUGGGGUACCACCUACAUGAGAUCCAGAGAUCUAUACGGAACAGAACAUUCAAUGAGGCCAUGGGCACAUACCUUUUAAUUAAAGAAAGCAUAAAACAGACUGCUAGUAGUGUUGAAGUGAAAAGAGUGCCUUCAACUGUGCCACCGUGCCCAACUCCUGCAGAUCUUUCCAACUUCCCUCUCCUUAAAGGAAGGACAGCCAGUUUACCUGCCCAGCUUAACACUUACACCUUGUCAUCUGAAUUUCAAUUGUUUUUUGAUAACAAGCAGUUACCUCUGAAAAGAGGCCUAAGUACCACUCUACCUGCCAUUCCACUCUGCUUCCUAGAGAGGACCCCCGGUCCCAGCAUAGUUCCAGGCAAGGAUUCUAUGGUUUCCCUUGGCUGCUCCAUCUUUUUAAGUAGCAGUGAAAGAUUUUCCUCUGAGCAGCCACAAGAUGAGACCACAAACUGUAAAUUGAUUAAGAGACGGGGCUGGAGGAGAUUGGCUAGCAGGAUAGCCAAUACUUUUCGCAGAAUGUGCUCCUGUGUGCGGGCCCAAAAAUAAUGUCCACAGCUCAGGAACAAAGUUGUUGCAGAGAACUACUGAAAGCUAUAGGACUCGGGGCUUCUUGCAGACUCUCAUUGGUGUGGAAGAUCAGAGAGGCAGAGGUGUGGAUACAAAGAGCUACAGGAGGGAGUCGUGCAGGAAGUUCACACUGCUGUGCGCACU